AUGGGGAUGCUUGGUGCCGAUGAAGAACAACCGUUUCUGAAUGAAAAAAAAGUUUCGAAUCAUGGAAAAAGAAACAUCGAUUCUUGGUACAAGCGGCCAGUUUGGAACAGUGACGAAAAGACUAAGUAUAUGAUGGGGCGCAGUUUGUGUGGAUGGAUUAAGUUUUGGUUGCACUACCUCAUUCUGUACAUAUGUUUGUUAAUCAUAAUGAUGGGCAUGUUAAUAAUAAUAACUCAGCUUAUCAUCAGUAAUGACCAACCUUACAUAACUGGAUUGGACAGUCCCCUUGCACUUUCACCAGGCUUAGGAAUGAGACCACGCAAUGAUUUUAAAACGACAUUAAUUGCUUAUGCUUCGUCUGAUCCACAAACAUAUAUGCCAUUUGUACAAGAUAUACGAACAUUUCUUUAUUUCUACGAAGAGGUCAAUAUACAACCACAGGAUGGAUUUGCCACAUGUGAUAAAAUUAAAUCACCAGAUGAUGUUGAUUUGGUUUGUAAAUUUUAUCCACAUGAUAUGGGUGUAUGUGUUAAAGAGAAUAAUUUUGGAUAUGAUAGAAGUCAACCAUGUGUCAUCAUGAAAAUUAAUAAGGUUUAUGGUUGGUUACCUGAUAUUGUGAAUAAAACUUUAUCAAAUAAUCCUCUUGUUAGAUGUCAUGGUCAAAAUCCUCAAGAUCUGGAAAAUUUUGGUCAAGUACUUUAUUUUCCUAAUAUUACUGUUGAUGGAAAAACUUAUGGUUACUUUAGUCAUUUAUACUUUCCAUAUCUUAUGCAAGUAGCUUAUCGUUCACCACUCGUUGCUGUACAAUUUGCAAGUCCUAAACGUCAUGUCCUUUUAAUGGUACGCUGUGAAUUAUUUAAUGUACGUAAUCCUGGUGAUCCAAUGGAUUUUGAAAUUUUAGUAGAUUGAUUGAACCGUGUUGUACUUAUGACUCUUCUCUUUUUCUUUUUUUUUUCUACCGGUUUAUUUGUUUAUUCAAGUCAGUUUACCUAUCCAUCUGUCUGUCUGUCUGUAUAUCUAUUGCUUGUCUGUCUAUCUUUCCGCGUAUAUGUCUGUUUACUUAAAGAUCUAUUCAAUUUAUG